AUGAUUCCCUUCGUCCGCACCCUGGAGAUGGCCAAGGACGUCAAUGAAGUGCUGGCGUCUCGGCGAACGAGCUGGUUUCAAGGCUUGAAGGAGAAGAACGGUCUGAAGCAAGGUGAAGAUGGGCUCAAGGUGAACAUGAUGGCAGAGCUGCCCAGCAACGUUUUUUUGGCGGAGGAGUUCCUGGAGUACUUCGGCAGGCGGUCAACAGCAAGAUGUUGUGCCAUGUUGCCUUCGGUGUAUCCCAAGCGCAGCGUGCAAUUGUCCGACUUCAAGUCCAAUGAGUACAAGAGUCUGAUCGGUGGCGAGCAGCAUGAGCCCAGCAGAAUCCCAUGA